AUGAAGCCUAGCAGAUGCUUAAAGAAGCUUCUGAAGAUAGAUAUUUCUCCUGACUCCUCUUAUUCCGAGAUCGAGAUAGGGCUGUAUAACUUGAAAAGGAUUGUAAAGUCUACUUCACAGAAGGAGGUAGUAAGAGGGGGCGUUCGGAAGAUGGCCCUACUAUUCCACUCAAAAAACUGGAUUGCAAGAUCCUUGGCCUUGAAGUAUUUCUCAAAGAUCAAUAAGUAUGUGGACGAGGUAGACACAAACAUUCUUCACAUGUUCUAUUCCACAGAUCCAAGGAUCAAUGAUCUAGCUGUAAAGUAUGUGGACAUAUUCUCGAGGUUUUUUAAGGACAACGACACUGUGUUUUACCACGUUUAUAGAUCGAGAAGUAAGUACCGCCGGGGUGCCAUGAAAUCACUGAUCUCUCAAUCUCCAAGAUACAGGCCCUAUGAAAAGGAUUGUGAAGGUGAAGAUGAUGAUUUGGACUUGUUUAAAAAUAUUAGAAGAAAUACGGCUGAGGAAUACUUUGGAAGACUAGCCUUGCCUAAACUUGUAAGGUUAUCUUCUACAUAUCCUUGUCUUAUAAAGUAUUUCAAGUUUACUGAGAAGUUUCUUAUGGAAGAAGUAAGAAAGGCAGAUAGAUAUCCUCCAGAUAUGCUGCGGCGCCUUGAAAUGAUUCUAGGGAUUGAGAAGGAAGGGAGAACGAUGUGGGACGAGUUCAUGAAGUGCUCCAGAUGGAUGGAACAUGGAAAGUUUGAUAGAUCUGUUAGGGUGCUAAAGAGACUUCAGAAUCUUGAUAUAAGCAAGGAGUAUAAAAUAAUUUUCGGUAUAUUUGCUCGGAAGAUGAUGUUUUGCUUAGGUUUGGGAAAUGAAAUGAGUGUGGAGAGCCUCCGUCCUGUGAUUUCAGGCCAUUUUGAAGCUGAGCUAAGUGGUAUUUCCCAGAACGGAGUUUACAGAGUGCUUAGAAGGCUUUUCAAGAAUGGGAUGAAACGGAUGGAUACCGGUGACAGGAAGACCAAAAACGAUUGA